UCCCCCCCUACUGCUGCUGCUUCCCUGCGAAGGCAGCUGAAAGUUGGGAAGGGACUUUUUCAAAAAAAAUCUCCCCGGAACCACACUGGACGAGGCGGGCGGUGCAGGGCAGAUGCUGAGAAGCUGGCACUGUGAUGCUUUGGACUAACUGAUGGAAACAGAGCUGAUUACAGUAAAGGAAGAAACUGGAUCAGUAACUCUCCCGACCUGCUGCCUGUGCCAGGAGGAGCUACCAGACCUUGCUGGAUCCCCAGGGCAGAUUCCACAAUGCCAGGCCUGCAAAAGCAUUGUCUUGGAGCCCAGGAACUGGUUGCCUGACAGCCAAGAGGCCCAGGCCUUCCCUGCUGACAGACCUUUCGGUUGCUCUUUCUGCCCCAAGCGCUUCAAGAGGGCCUCAGACCGGCGCGACCAUGAGCGGGUGCAUACGGGAGAAAGGCCCUACGGCUGCGGUAUCUGUGGCAAGCGCUUUACUCAGAGCUCAGUGCUUUCUGGCCACAUGCGCAUCCAUACUGGUGAGCGGCCUUUUCACUGUGCUGUCUGCUUAAAGUCUUUCAACAACGGCUCCAAUUUUCGCAAGCACCAACGUAUCCAUGAUCAACCGUGUGAAUAUGGUGCCAAGGGGAAGGGUGGGAAGGACUGUCCCAUCCUUCCUGGGAAGAAGCAGCGUCAAGCCACGGAUAGGCAAGAUGGCAGAAACCAGUGGCAGGGCAAGAUACUGAGGCAAAAUGGCCACCAAAGCAUCAAGGAACUGAGGGAAGGUGGCAACAGGGGCCAUGACAUUGUUGAGAGACAAAAUGGCCCUCAUGUGAAUGGGCUUCUAGGCCAAGAUGGUGGCAACCAUGGUCUAAGGCAACUUGGUAAUAAGGUAGGCCAUUUCAAGAGAACGAAAGUUAGGCAAGGUGCCACUUACUGUGGCCCUGACCUUGAAAUGAGACCUAGAAGUGGCCAAGUUAAGACAGGUGAUGGCAAAGGACAUGUUGGUGAACAGGGGGGAAAUGGAAAUUGCAGCCUUGAACAAGGGGAAACUCAAAAUGGCCACAGCUUCAGACUUCUGAAGUACGGUAGUGAGGAAAACCACAUUAAAAGUCUGAAGUCAAGGAAAGCAGAGGAAAGCCACACUCAGGGAGACCAGAAACAUGUGGCCAGCCAUAGUGGUAGGUUACAGUUAGAUGCCGUCAGCUGUGGGAAAGGCCUCUUAUCAGUGGGUGGCAACAGGGACCAUAUUCAUAGACUGAGCCAAAAUGGCAGUGUCAGGGGCUAUGACUUAGACAGGAGGCCUAACGGAGGCUACCUCAGAGGGCUGAAGCACACCAGUGGAAAGGACUCUGUUGCAGACACGAAACAGAAUGACCCUGGGGGAAGUCCUAACAGUGGGCUAAGGCAAAUCCGCCAUGACACCACGACAAAGCUGAGACAAAAUGUCAGCCAGAGCAUGACUGAAAAUGGCACCGGCCAUUUUAGAGAGCUGAGACAGGAUGGUGGCAUCAGCAAGAAGCAGCAGGUGAACUUUCAAGCGUGCACUCCUGGAAACAUGAACUCUCUAGUGCCUAAAAUGUUUGUCCGAACUGGUCCUGAAAGGGGGGAUAUCAUGGUCUGGGAAGACCCCGAUAUGGAGAUAGUGAAGGGGAGAGAUGAACUUGAUGAAUGCUGUCCCUUUGACAGGCAUCCCUGUUCACCCUCCUGGGAGCCAGGCAUCUCCGAUGCAUGCCCUCCGCCUUAUGACCUCUCAGUGUCCCCCCAGCACCACUCCCUGCAAGACCAAGUCAGCAGCACCGUUCAGCCCUGGGAAGGAGAGAGCCCCACCUGCUUUCCUUUCCAAGAUCCUGAGCCUUAUGCUCAGCAUUCCCAGUCAGCCGUCGAUUCCAAGCCUUUCCUGUGCUUUGCGUGUCCCAAGCAGUUCCGGCGUGCUACGGAUCUGAAGGAGCAUCUGCGAGUCCAUACAGGCGAAAGGCCCUUUGGCUGCUCCGUCUGCGGUAAGCGGUUCACACAGAGCUCAGCCCUGGCGACUCACCGCAGGCUUCAUACUGGGGAAAAGCCCUUUGAAUGCACCGUGUGCUGUCGGCGCUUUAAUAACUCUUCCAACUUUGCCAAACAUCGCCGGCUUCAUAUGCAGGAGAGCACAGGAUGUGCCGGUAAGGUUGCGGAGAAAAUAUCACGGAGUGGCAAGCCACAGUGACCACUUCAGGGGAUCUUAUCCUGUUAGACGGUAUGUGGUGAAAAGUGCAGUCGAAGCUGAGUUAUGGCAGCCCUGCAGAUUUUCAAGAUAAGAGACCAGCAGAGGUGGGUUGCCACCGUAUCACAGUCCUGGUCUUCCUCGGUGGUCUCCCAAUCCAGUUAUUAACCAGAGCCGACCCUGCUUAGCUACUGAGAUCUCAUGAAGCUGGGCCAUCCAGAUGGUAUAUGGUCGCUGAAAUAAGAGCCGUGAUAAUUCUAACACUGCAAUACUGAAUUCAGCAUUCAUUCAGAACCUCAUUUCCUCAUUUCAAAGUUCCUAGUACUCAAGGCUAAGGAGAGGCCUGAAAUAAGUGGACAAAGCCUACUGAAGGUGGGGCUGAAGAGAAGCUGAGCAAAACUUGUAGUGAUCAGUGCCUUGUGUAGUUGUGUGUCCUCUCCCAGGAAUAGCAGAAGAAAAAAUACAAAAUAAACAAGGAUCUGAAAAUUUGGGUAGUUUGUGUAACUUUCUACAGUUGAUAUAUUUUUUUCCCCUCUAGCAAAGUCCCACCCACAGGUUUUUAAGCAUGCUCAUCAUGAAGAGGGCAAAUUUAAAAUGAUUUUUGGCUCUAAAAAUGUAUUUGCCGAAAUUGUUAGUAGA